UCAUUCUAUCCAAAGUAAUGCAGAUGUAGAUUGUAGAGGAACCAUAUUCAUCUUGGCGCUUCUUUUUUUGGCAAGUGUUCCAAAAUCUCAGGAACCAUCAACCAUGGUUAACACCUCCAAACUAUUUCCCCUUUUUGGAUUGUGUCCAUUCCCAACUCAAAGCUCCACCAUGAAUGCCCAAACCCGAAACCCUCGCUCCAAAACCCGAAAGAAGCCAUCGUCGUACGGCGCUUCUAGAAGAUCAGCUCUCAAGAAAACCUUCACUCAGGAACAGGUCACCUUCACCGCCCCGCUCUCCCCCGACCCACUCGUCGCCAUAAUCGGCGGCGGCAUCUCCGGCCUCCUCUGCGCCUCCUUCCUCGAACAACGCGGCGUUCGCUCCACCGUUUUCGACACCGGUGUUCAUGGUCUUGGUGGAAGAUUGGGAACGAGGGUUGUUGAUCGUAAUUCGUUGGUAUUUGACCACGCUGCUCAGUUCUUCACUGUCAAUGAUUCUCGUUUCGCUGAGCUGGUUCAUGAUUGGAUCGAUAAGGGUCUUGUCUCAGAGUGGAAGGGUCCCAUUGGAGAGCUUCAGAGCGGUGGCAACUUUGUUCCUUUCCCAUCAUCUCCUCCAAGAUACAUUGCCACUCAUGGAAUGCGUUCCCUUGCUGAUUCUUUACUUGCUCAGGCUCGCAUGGUUAAUGUGGUGAGACCGUGCUGGGUCAGCAAGCUCGAGCCCUUCAAUGGGAUGUGGCACUUGAGUGAAAAUGGGAAACCUUGUGGCCAGUUCGAUGCUAUUGUUAUUGCACACAAUGGAAAAUGUGCGAAUCGCUUGCUCAUGACAUCAGGGUUACCUUUAAUUGCAAAACAAAUGAAGAGAUUGGAACUGAGUUCAAUAUGGGCCCUUCUAGCGGCAUUUGAGGACCCUCUUCCUUUUUGGGAUGCCACAGAAGUUCCUUUUGAAGGAGCUUUUGUGCGAGGAGUUGAUUCAUUGUCAUGGAUGGCCAAUAAUACAAAGAAACUACAGAAUUCUCAUAAUGGUGGUCCUCACUGUUGGACCUUCCUGAGCACUGCUGCUUAUGGAAAACAGAACAAGGUUCCUCAGGAAAACAUCCCUGCUGCUACAUCAUCAAGGGUAACGGCAGAAAUGCUAGAGAGUGUUGAGGCUGCUCUUGGACUAUCAAAAGGGUCACUUCCAAAGCUGUCUUAUACCAGGCUCCAAUUAUGGGGUGCAGCCCUCCCUACAAAUACACCUCGAAUUCCUUGCAUCUUUGAUCCCUUUGGAAGGGCUGGGAUAUGCGGUGAUUGGCUGCUAGGUUCUAAUAUAGAGUCAGCAGUACUGAGUGGAAUCGCUCUGGCUAACCACAUUGCAGACUAUUUUCAAAGCACUGGAGCUGAUCCUGCAGAAUUUGCAGUCGGUUUAAAUCAAGAGUUCCAACCACUGGAAGGCCAUGAUAUUGGACAAUUCCCAGGUUUGCGGUCAGAUGAUAAGAUAGAUGAAGCACAAUUAUACGAACUUGCAAAAUAGGCCAUGGUGCUCAUGAUCACGAAGGUCUCUUCUCUGGAAGCAUAAAAUUCAUGACAGGUUUGAUAUCAUAUCCAUGCAAAGGAAACCCCUGCUCCCCAGCGGGGAAAGUAUUAACGUUAGAGAUUCAACUAGAAAUUGCAACUCUACUUAGGGGAAAAGGGGCCUUAUUAUCUCCCUUAACAGCCACAUGACAUGAAAAUAUGAUACAUGAUUGUAAUUAACUUGUAUAUUUUCAAGCAAUUAAAAUUUUGUAAAAUUUUCUUCACUUAAAAA